CCAUCUUGAAUAGUACAAUUUGCAGACAGACAUCCACACAGUCGCCUAAAUAUACAAACAACCAAGAUAACUAAUCAUGAAUGGCUCUAACUCUCGAAACAAGACGGCAGCCACUGUUAAAGGUCCGGACACUGAUGUGGGCCCGGCUGCAAAUCCCAGGGAGCGAAAGUCCGGUGGAGGUGUGUUGAAGAGACUCAAGUCGCGAAGAAAUCAAGCUGAUCAACAACGGCCUGUUGUUACAGAGGAAGAGCUCAGGGCGCUAGGAAGAGACAUCACACCGGACGACGUCCUUGGUUUGCGUGCUGUUACACGGGAUUAUCUAUGUAAACCUGAGGACAAUGUCUACAAUAUUGACUUCACACGUUUCAAGAUUAGAGAUCUGGAGACUGGGACAGUUCUCUUUGAGAUCGCCAAACCUCACAACUGUGAUCCUGAAUACGAGGAGGAUGGUAAUGGAGAAGGAGACACCAGUGCUGGGCGCUUUGUGAGAUAUCAAUUUACACCGGCUUUCCUCAGACUGAGAACUGUUGGUGCGACUGUGGAGUUCACAGUUGGGGACCAGCCCGUUAACAAUUUUCGCAUGAUCGAGAGGCAUUAUUUCCAGGAUAAAGUUCUCAAGAACUUUGACUUUGACUUUGGAUUCUGCAUUCCAAACAGCCGCAACACUUGUGAACACAUCUAUGAGUUUCCCCAGCUCCCAGAUGACCUCAUUCGCCUAAUGGUGGAGCAUCCGUAUGAGACACGGUCAGACAGCUUCUACUUUGUGGACAACAAACUGAUCAUGCAUAAUAAGGCAGACUAUGCCUAUGAUGGUGGCCAGUAGGAUGGCUGAAGAUGGUGUGCAACUCGAAGCAGGGAUUAUGUUACCCCAGACAGAACCAUCAUGUAGCCCUUUUGGUAACGGGAGUGUACUUUCGCCACUUCACACAUUCCAACAAACUUUACCAGUCCCAGGUUUGGGAAAAACAGGUCCGUAUCUGCCUUCAAAACCAGUUACUUCAUUUAUCUGAUACCUCAUACUCUUCUGUUGCUGGGACUAAUAUGAAACUCUUGUCAGUCACUCUUUGUUAACGUUGAACAUAUUUUUCUUAUGUGAUCAUGGUAAAUGUACUUCUUUAUUCAACCUGCCUUGAGUUCAGUAUUUGUUGUCAUGUUUGUUUCUGUGCUUUUUUUAGUCAUGUAUUGUGCCAUUUCUUACCAGACAGCUCUACAGAUGGAAAAGGGAAGUUUACAUGAUCCCAACCUGAAUGUUGAAUACCAGGCACCAUUUGACCCCGUAUGAUGAACACUGGUUGAAGUUGGCCAGGUUUUAUAAUGUUUCAUCACAACACAGUUGAAAGAUGGCACAGUUGGAUGAAAGCUCAUUAUGACUCAAUGAUACUACCUAAUUUGACUGACCACAUUUUUUCUGGUCAUUAAUUCAUUUAUUUGUACUACUAUUUCUAUUCAAGUAAAAAUCAUUCUCCUUGCUAUGUUUUCCCACCUCAAAUUUUGGGCUAAAUACUCUGCUUUGAGUAUAACGGAUGCUCCAGGAUUUUGUCUUGUUAGAAACUGUAAUAAUCAUAUUUGGUGUCCGGUGGCAUUUCUAUAUCUGUAUAUAACCAAUAACCCAUUUUGACUAUAAGGAUAAAACAUUUUUCUAUUAACUGCCUUGGGUAGAAAUCACAGACAACCUCCCUGGUCUUAAAAGCGUGUUUAUUAAUGCUGAAGUGACACUAAAUUUCCCAACACUAAAUGAAUCCUACACAAUGUGCCUUGUAUUCCCACUGAUCAGCUUAGGUGGCUUUGCUGUGUGUGAAAGAAAUCCCUGUCACAUCCAGCUGUCGUUCAGCUGUUCGCCGCUACACAGAUCUUCAACAACAGCCUUGUGGCUGGUAGAGACUUUUAAUUAAGUACAAAGCAAUGAAUUAUGUCUGGUGUAAGGAAUGACAAUGUUAAUCACCUUAGAGACAUGAUAUUGUGUGUUCAUUACCAUUAUUCAUGAAAGAUCUCUGAAGGUAUCCACAGUCUUUCUGUAUUUCCAAUAACCCCUUCAAAUUAAGUAGUAAUUCAUUUUACAAAACAGGCACUACAAAUAUGAUUUUUCAUUUAUUAGGUUGGAUGCAUUGGAACCCCAUAGAUUUUUAUUUGAGCAUAUUUUAAUGAUUGUAAAAUGUAUUAAUGUGUUUAAUGACUAAUCUCAGUAAUAUAUGUAUUCAACAUUUCUAUAAAGUUAGCUGUCUUUUGAUUCAGGGACCAUGUAUCCCAUAUCAAAAAUAAUCUUUAUCUUUGGCUAAUUACUAGCCCAAUAAUGUACUGUAAUGUAUUGUAGCCAAACCUACAUCUGAGGAUCUUGCUUUUUAGAGGUCUACUGGCUCUAGCAGUUAAAACCGCGAAGUACUCUAUCUAAACCUAAACAGAUUUUCAUUUACUAUAGAAUUCAAGAAACACAGCCUUGUACUUAACAUUUACAUCUGACCAUAUGUUUCACUUGCAACAUUGUUCUGGCAACCUUUCAUUGCACAAGGUCUGAGGAUGCUAGAUCUAUCAUGAUAAACCAGGUGGUAUAAAUUCUGAAUGGCCAUUGGCUGAAACCUGUGGUAUAUGUAAGCAAUGAGGCACAAGUUAGUGUUUUAUGUGGCCAAUACACCACAGUUAAGAGCUUUUCUUAGGCAUGAUUUCUCGAUGAGUUCCUAGACAGGUUUGGUAUAUUGGAAAUGUCUCUGAGAUACCUUGUUCUUAAACAGGUUACCAACGCAAUUAGAACAGUAAAAAGUGAUUUGAAGCCAUUCUUGUGGUGUACAGUCUCCUAUACCACGGCUAUCAGUAUUCAGGAUUCAUAUCCCUGGUUUAUAAGAGACUGUAUACCACUUAUAUUUCAUCACAUACUUUUUUACUUUUCUAAUUGGUCUGUUAACUGGUUCAUUAUACAUGUAGUAAUAAGGCAUCUCGGGUUGGUCAUAUAUUGAUAAUAUACAACAGCUAAGUGCUAUGUCCUGGCAUUCAGCAAGGCAGUGUGCCUUAACAGCUCUUGGCUGUUUUAUAUUGGCCAUAUACCACAGAUUUUUGUGGCUCAUUACUUAAUUAGAACAGGUGGUCACAGUAAACUAUUGCUGUGUAAUAGAAAUAUGACUCUGUAAACCCUAAUGCUAUAGGUGGUGGAAAUGUAACGGUUGUAUUGUUAUUGCUUUUAGAUUAUAUGAAAGUAUACUUCCAAAGGUUUCCAAAACUGAAUCACAAGCAAGGAUCAUUAACAUGGUGACAAAGCAUUAGAGAUUUUGUACAAUGUCUUACACUUUUGUCAAUGCAUCAACUGAGAACCAAUGAGGGAGCCCUCGUUAGUGAAUGAGAGCUACUGUGGCUGUGUGCUUGGUGAGGAUCUGGUAUGAACCUGAAGCCUACCUAACAUUGCCUUUAUGCUCAAUUGAUUAUUUUUGGUUUCUGCAAGGUGGAGGAGAGGAAUUAAAAACAAGGAAUGGA